AAAAAGAAAUCUCCUUCAAUCUGUGCAAUAUUUUAUAUUUAUAUAAAAUAAAAUCAUAUUAAAAUUUCAAACCAGAGAUCGCAGAUUCGCGUAGAGAAGAACACCAUGGAUCCUUCAAUAAUGAAGCUCCUCGAAGAAGACGAGGACGAGAGUAUGCACUCGGGAGCUGACGUGGAGGCAUUUCAGGCUGCCCUAAACAGAGACAUUGGAGGAGAUACGUCCACCUCUCACUCUCACUCUCACUCUCAGCAGCCCUCUGAUUCUGAUAACGUUUUAUCUCAAGGAAACAAUCAUGCUCCCAGUCAGUCAUUACCACUGUGGCAAACUGCUAGCCAAGAUCAAGGUACUGAAUGUCAAAAUCAACAAGACCAAAGAAAUGCACAGAAGCAAGAACAGACUAUAUCUGGAAUGGAGCUAAAGCAACACGGAUCUGUUAUUGAAAAUCAGCAGCAACAGAGUGAUGCCUCGAAGGAACUCAAUUGCCUCCAAAUGUCACAGAAAAGAACCCAAGAUGAUUGUCAACAGGGGCCGGCACAACAAAUUUCCAUCCAGAAUCCUCAACAAAUUCACAUCCAGAAUCCUCAAAAAAUUCCCAUCCAGAAUCCUCAAACAACUGGUAUGCAGAUUUCUGAAAAAACUCCUAUCCUAGUACAUGAGCCAGAUAGAAGCUCUAGUAUUGAAGGUGAAUCUCAAUAUUCAAAAUUACAGAAGAUAAGUAAUCAACAGGCAACAAUCACAGAGCGGGCAAGCAACCCAAUAAAUAAUAAUAAUAGAGCAGGGCAAGUACCAUUUGGCUUGUUGUUGCCUGUCUUGCAAGCCCAACUUGAUAAAGACAGAGCCAUGCAACUUCAAACAAUAUUUGCUAAACUGAAGAAAAAUGAGAUCCCCAAAGAAGGGUUUGUUAGGCUCAUGAGAGGUAUUGUGGGAGACCAAAUGCUCAAAAUGGCAAUUCAGAAAAUACAAUCACAGCCAAGUGCCAACCAAUUGCAGUUACAAUCUCAAGUUUCAGCACGGCAACACCCUCAGCGAAUGCCAUCUGUUAAUGCCAGUUCCACACAAUUCAGUGAUCCCCAUUCAUUUGCACAACUUCAUCAGAAGGGCACGAUCUCUUCUGCAGACCCUUCGCAUAUUCCCUCUUCAGUUGUUGAUUCAAGCUAUCCAGCCAUAGAAAACAAUGCUCAGAAAUCUCGAGAGGUGAAUCGCCCAUCAGAUUCUCAUGGAGUGCCCGUAAGCCAAGUGACUUCUUCCAAUGUGAACACUGUCAAUCAAGAAAGGGAGCGAUCCUCAAUUCCUGCACAAGGACUUAACAAGCAGCAACAACAUUUGCACUUCCCACCCAUUUAUGGAGGUAGUGGUGGUAAUUAUCACCCAUAUUCUGGGUCAAAUGUCAAUACUUCCACAUCUUCUGUCAAACCACAACCUCAUGAUGCGCAAAUGAGGCAAAUUUCACAACAUCAGAACAUGAGCCCAACUCAAUUAGGUGGGACAACACAAGCCAUGAGUAUGCCUAAGUUUGAGAGACCGAAUUCUGUCAAUGAUCCAAAGAGAGUUCAGGGUGGAUCUCUUUCUCACUUGGCAAACAACUCAACAUCACAACAGAAUCCAGUUCCUUGGCAAUCAGCAACAAAUAAAGAACAAAUUUCUACCCCUUCAUCAUUAGUGGCUGGUGUAAAACAGGAAGUGAUUGAUCAGCCUACUCAGCAGCAGCACAAACUCAAUUUUCCCCAUCCACAUGGAUUGUCUUCUGGUUCUGCUGCACAGGUAGAACAGGGAAAUACAACUCCUGGAACUGUAAAGGAAGAAUCUUCAGAGAAGCAGUCUACUAGGAUGGGUCUUUCAACUUCUACGAGCAUGAUGCCUUCUAAUUCAGUUUCUCGUUCCAUAACAGCACAAUUGGAAUCUACUGUCCCGCAGUUAGGCACUCAAAUCCCACCUACAGCCUCUUCUGCUGGUAUUAAUGCCAGGACACCUCCCAAAAAGCCUUCUAUUGGCCAGAAGAAACCACUCGAAGCACAUGGUUCAUCACCACCUCUGCCAAGUAAAAAGCAAAAAGUAUCUGGGGCCUUUUCAGAUCAAAGCAUUGAACAACUAAAUGAUGUCACUGCUGUCAGUGGAGUUAAUCUUAGGGAAGAGGAAGAACAGCUAUUUUCUGGGCCCAAGGAGGACAGUCGAGCUUCAGAAGCAUCUCGAAGAGUUGUGCAAGAAGAAGAAGAAAGGCUGAUUUUGCAGAAAGCUCCUCUCCAUAAAAAGCUGGCUGAGAUCAUGGCCAAAAGUGGUUUGAAGUGUAUAAGCAACGAUGUGGAGCGAUGCUUGUCACUGUGCGUGGAAGAAAGAAUGCGCGGACUAAUAAGUAAUCUAAUCAGACUGUCAAAACAGCGGGUUGAUAUUGAGAAACCAAGACACCGAACUGUUGUCACCUCAGAUGUUCAACAACAAAUCAUGACAAUGAAUAGGAAAGCUAGGGAGGAAUGGGAAAAAAAACAGGCUGAAGCAGAGAAGCUGCGGAGACUUAAUGAUCCUGAGGGUAAUAAUGGAGUUGAUGGUGACAAGGAGAAAGAUGAUGGUCGUGGUAAAUCACUUAAGGCAAACAAAGAGGAAGAUGACAAAAUGAGGACAACAGCGGCAAAUGUUGCAGCCCGUGCUGCUGUUGGAGGAGAUGACAUGCUUUCAAAAUGGCAACUAAUGGCUGAGCAAGCCCGGCAGAAACGUGAAGGAGGGGUAGAUACAUCUGGUUCUCAACCAAGUAAAGAUGUGAGUCGCAAGCCUUUAUCAACAUCUGGAAGAAAGGACAACCAAGAAACAGAGAAAAGGGGCAAUGCAGCUCCUGUUGCUGCUUCUGCUGGGACUGUUAGAAAAUCUGGAAGGAAUCAAAUUACUCUGGCUCAAACUAGGGUUGCUCGUAGCAUCUCCAUUAAAGAUGUGAUUGCAGUCCUGGAAAGGGAACCCCAGAUGUCUAGGUCUUCUCUGAUAUAUCGCUUGUAUGAGAGAGUUCGCUCUGAUGCCACCACUGAAUAAGGGAAACAUGGUGCGAGCAUUUUAGCUUCCAAGUGCAUCACUGGCUUAGAAUGAUCCUCAGCUAUUCUAGCUGAACCAGAAGGUGUACUCUGAAAUAUAUAUAUAUAUAUAUAUAUAUAUAUUUAUAUAUAUUCCUCACGUCUGUUUAUCUCCUUGUUAAUUCUUUUUAAUUUAGUUAAGAAGUUUGCCAGGAAGUGCAUUAGUUCUACUGGCUUGUGUUGUAUAAUCGUGUUUCUCUUUAGAAUACAAACUCAGCUCGACCUGAAGACUUGGAAGUAUUGUAAUGUCUCCUUUAUGGUCAUUUUACAGUACCAAAAAUAGCAUACCAUAUUUAUUUCGUUGUAAACAGAAUGACCAACCCUACAAAGCAGCAAUCAAUUCUAUUAUUGUUCCAA